AUGUCGUUCCAAGAUCUCCCCACGGUUAACGAGAUCAAACGCGCAGCCACUGCAGGCCAGCGCUUCACUCCGGAAGAUGUCUCCAGCAUCGCUCAGGCUGAGAGCGAAUUGACUGGGGGUGGACCGAUGAAUUUCGACGCGAGACUUGAUGCUCUCGCACAAAAGCCUCCAUCACAUAUAACCCAGGAAGAUGCUCGCCAGAUCCAGUCUGCAGAAGGUCGUGCCUUCAAUAGCCCACCCGGCCCAGCCAGCGUCUCAGCACAGAUAAGGUCAAUUGCUGAUCGUAAUGAGGCAUUGGGACUCCCAGCUGAUCCUGAUCCGGGCCCGGUAUAUGUGACGAAGGAGGAGGCCAGUGAGGCACAGUCGUUGGAGGCUAUGUACACGGGAGGAAUGGUUCCAAAGGGGAGUUUAGCGGCACAGAUGCAGAGUGCUGCUGAUAAACGAGAGGCGGCGAUAAAUGGGGUUACUUGGUUAUCGGAAUAG